AUGGCCGACCGAAUGAUGGAGGUUGAGCGUUUGUCAUCCCCGACGAUUGCUCAGGUCUCCCAGCCUCUCACUGUGUCCACCUCUUACCGGGCUGAACUAAAGACACAUAUUGCCCAGUUGUCGGCGAUUGUUGCCGCUUUGCAGCUGCGCCGAUCUGCCGGUCCCUCUCGACGUUCCUUCGGCCGUGACCGUCGUCGUCCCCGCUCUCGCCCAAGGACCGUCAACCUAUGUUGGUAUCAUGUCAACUAUGGCGAUAAGGCGCGACGCUGCAGCCCACCCUGCUCCUUCAAGUCCACGCAGGAAAACUCCUCGGCAGGAGAGUAA